GUAGAGAAACAUCAACAAUCCUUCCAGGUUCAGGCUGGAGCGAAGUGUCAGUGUAGUCCAACAGCGAGGUAGCCGAGCCUCAUUUACUCUGGUAUUACGGGGAUUUGUUUAUUUUUUGAUAAAUAGUGUGUUGUAGUUUUCCAAAUAUGUCGCUGUUUGGUAAGAUAUUUGGAGGAGGAGGAAAAGGAGGUAAGGGACCGAGCCCACAGGAGGCGAUCCAGAAACUCCGAGAGACGGAGGAGAUGCUAACGAAGAAACAGGAAUUUCUGGAGAAAAAGAUCGAACAGGAGCUGCAGAUCGCCAAGAAAAAUGGCACAAAAAACAAACGAGCGGCUCUGCAAGCUUUGAAAAGAAAGAAGCGGUACGAGAAGCAGCUCGCUCAGAUUGAUGGCACGCUGUCGACCAUCGAGUUCCAGAGGGAGGCUCUGGAGAAUGCCAACACCAACACUGAAGUGCUCAAGAACAUGGGCUUUGCUGCCAAAGCCAUGAAAUCUGCCCAUGAAAACAUGGACAUUGACAAAGUGGAUGACUUGAUGCAGGACAUUACAGAGCAGCAGGAGCUGGCCCAGGAAAUCUCAGACGCCAUCUCUAAACCUGUUGGUUUUGGAGAAGAGUUUGAUGAGGAUGAGCUGCUGGCGGAGCUGGAUGAGCUGGAACAGGAAGAGCUGGACAAAAACCUGCUGGAGAUUGGGGGACCAGAGAAUGUCCCCCUGCCCAAUGUGCCUUCUUCUUCAUUACCUUCCAGACCUGCCAAGAAAGAGGAGGAUGAGGACGACAUGGAGGACCUGCAGCGCUGGGCGAUGGAAGCCAUGUAAAUGCAGCAACUGCCACAUCAUACCUGCUUCAGAGAGGGAAGAGGAAGGAGCGAGGAGGGAAUGAAUGGACUGAUAUUAUGUUGUGUGUGAGUGUUUCUGUGUGUCUGAGGAGAGCUGACUGUCUACUUUAUGUAACACUACAAAAAAGCAAAAAUGCUGUAGUCUCUCUUUUUCCGUCCCCUUCACCACCUAAACCCAGAAACCCCCCGUCGCUCAAUGAAAAUGAGCGAGUCGGGGGCUUUUAUAUUGAAGCUCUAUCACUGUACCUUGGCAAAGUUACCUAAUAUUUUUACCCUCGAUUUUAAUACAAUACUAGCACUUCAUGGUCCUUGUACUGGUCAGGGCUAUUUCAGUGCCCACUGAGCUUAUAUUGAGUGCAAUAUUAUGAGCUCUGUGGUGCGAUAAAGGAGUUGUUUUCAGAUUAGUGUUAUGGGCUGUGUGGCAUGGUUAAUGUCACUGGAUGACAGGGGAAUUUUCAUGGGAGCUUAAUCCUCAAAUAUCUGUUUCUGACUCAUAUUUACCUGUAUUUGUGGCGUUAAACUCGCUGGAUUUUUUUUUCUUUUUCAUUUUUGAGAAAAGUAAUAAUCAAUUGCUCCCUGUUUUUUUCUUUAGUUAAUGCUCUUGAAAAUAGGAGAGUAGCUGAGCAUGUGCUGGAUGAAGAGGCUAUGAACUGUGUGUUUGCCAGAAUCGGAACCUCAUCUUUUGUUUCAGGCUGUGUGCUUUGUCCCCCCCCCCCCACUCUUGUCGCUAUUGUG